AUGGUACACCUUGUGGCUGUACCAGAGACAAUCACGGCAAGUGGAUGUGCUUGUGUCUUUAUUGACACCAUCUUCCGACUUCAUGGGUUGCCCCGUGAACUCGUAUCAGACAGAGAUCCACGAUUCACUGCUGAUUUCUGGCGGUCCGUGUUCAAAUCACUCGGAACGCGCUUGAAGAUGUCAACACCUGAUCAUCCAGAGUCAGAUGGUCAGGCGGAACGUGCCAAUCGUGUCCUUGAAGAGAUACUUCGAGGAUACGUACACUCCUUUAAGAGUUGGAGUGAGUUUUUGCCAAUGGUAGAGUUUGCCAUCAACAACUCGGUGCAUGCGUCCACGACACAUACACCGUUUUUCGUGAAUGGCUUACGCCAUCCGCGUGUACCCACCUUACUAGAGUGUAACUCUGGUUUAAGGGGGGGAGGGACUCGCGCGAGCAAAAACCGAUUUGGUUCACGCUCAUCACGCUCUGACGAAGAAGUCAUUGCGUUUGAUGCCGAUAUCGAUAACAUCGAUAUCGAAGAAGAUGAUGCCAGUGAGAGUGCGGAAGCCCUCACUGAAGAAUAUCCCUAG